AUCCUUUGCAAGCUUCCACAAAGUGAUAACAACACAGAUCUCGCUUAUGGAACUCUGAGAAAUCCAAAAGUUCACCCUGCACUGUCUGGAAAUGCAGCGUGGAUGUCUUGAAAUUUACCAUCUAAGUUUGUUCAGAUUCAUGUAGAUAAAAGUGUAAAGCAAGAAAAACAUACAGCCUUAUCGCUAUACUCUCUCCGCCUCUUUAGCCUGCCCUACAUCAGACUUUUUUGGUCUUUGCAGUUUGCACAGCAGUCUCUGCACUGCCCCACAUUUUAUUUGGCAAUUCUCACCAGCGCUGCUCCCCCGUCCCUGCGUUAAAGCCGCUGCGCUGCACUUGGAAAUGUAGUUGUUUUGCGCAAAACCGGUUCUCUUAAAAUGGACCUAAAGUCAGAACUCCUCAAAUCCAUCUGGUACGCGUUUACAUCGCUGGACGUGGAGAAGUGCGGGAAAGUGUCCAAAUCGCAGUUAAAGGUGCUUUCCCACAACCUGUACACAGUUCUUAAUAUCCCACAUGAUCCGGUGGCUCUGGAGCAGCACUUCCAGGAUGACGAUGACGGGCCGGUGUCUAAUCAUGGCUACAUGCCCUACCUCAACAAAUAUAUACUGGAUAAGGUCAAAGAAGGGAUGUUCGACAAGGAGAGGUUUGAUGACCUGUGCUGGAUGAUGACCAUGAAGAAGAACUACAAGGGGGUACCACCGGGGGCACUGCUAUCGGAGAGAGACAGUUUCAAGCUUUUCUGUUUAUUCAACCUACUGUCUGAGGACCGCUACCCGCUGGUGAUGAUACCAGAGGAGGUAGAGUAUGUCCUCAAGAAAAUUUCCACAGCAAUGAGUCAGGAAUGGGAUGGGAAGCCCUUGGAGGACUUAUUAUCCCAGGAUGCCACAGUGCAGGAAGAGGGUAUAUCUGUCUGGACCUUCCUGGAGCACAUAGGUGCAGGUCGGCUUCUGAGGGUCACCAGUGCUGAGGCCUUCAGUCUGGCUUUGGAUGAGGUCUUUCUGGAGAUGUACCACAAUGUCCUGAAGAGGGGUUAUAUGUGGAAAAAGGGGCACUUGCGCAGAAACUGGACUGAGCGUUGGUUUAUGUUGAAGCCAUCCUGCAUGGAAUACUACGUCAGCGAGGACUUGAAAGACAAAAGAGGGGAGAUCAAGCUGGAUAGAAGCUGUGUCGUGGAGCCUAUUCCAGACAGGGAAGGGAAGCGAUGUUUAUUCUGUGUGAAAACCCACAGUAAAACCUAUGAGAUGAGUGCAUCUGACCAGAGACAGAAGGUGGAGUGGACCCAAGCCAUUCAGACAGCCCUCCAUCUCCAGAGCGAGGGCAAGUUCUCCCUUCACCACGAACUGAAACUGAAGAGACGGGUCCAGCGGGAACACAGCCAACGGGAGCGUAGCCGAAGCUCCCACAGCAGCUGCAGCAGCCGAAGCAGCCAAUCAGAUGACUCGAAUACUCAAGAGUUGGAGAAGAUGGAGAAGGAGAAAGAAAGAAAGGAUUUAGAGAUUGAAAGCAUCAUCCAGCAUGCACGGGAAUUGGAAAUCAGACGAAGAGAAUCAGAGGAGAGAGAGAGGAGGAAACAGAGGGAGGUGCAGAUGGAGCUGGAGAGACAGCUGAAAGAGGCUGAGAUGCUGAGAGACAGCCUGCAGGCCGAGAUGCAGGCAAAGGAAAAAAAGGCUGAGCAACAGAAGAGGAGGAUUCAGGAGCUGGAGCUGACACAGCAGAAACUGGAGGCUGCUCUCAACAUGGAGAUCCAGGCUCGGCUGGAGGAGGAGAGAGCCAGGCAGGAGCUGGAGCGGUUGUUGCUGGCUGAAGAAGAAAAGAAGAAGCAGCUCCUGCAGGAGCAACAGAGGGCCAUACAAAGACUCAGCCAGAUACAAGGCGCUUCAGACGGUAGCAGAGAUGGGGAUACCCCAUCAGCCCUUUCCUCAGUCUCUCAAGAGCUCCAGGAUCUGCAGGCAUCUCGCCAGAGGAGCCACCAGCACCUAGAGGAGGUUCAAGAGAAGCUAAGGAAUGCCAGUCAACAUGUACGGCAUUGGAACGUGCAGGUGAACCGCCUGAUGACGCCCAUCACACCUGCAGAGCGUUUGGAACAGCGCCUAUUAUCAAAACAAAUGUGUCCCCAAAAAGAGGGAGCACUGGCGAGUAAUGAGUUUGUUUCCAAAUUCAAGAUACAAAUCAAUCAUAACAGCCAGAAAUCAAAAUACAACGAGAGAACGGAGGAGCAGAUGGAGGCGACCAACCUGUCCUACGGAUCAGACGAAUCACAGGAAGAACCAAAUGGACAAAUGUGAUUACCAUGUUGAUGGUUAGGGGAGCAAGUUUUUAAAUCUAUACAUUGAGAAAUGAUAAAAGAUAUUUUUAAGAUUUGACAGUGGAGAGUGGACAGAGAAAAGUUAUUUACAGUAAUACAUAAAUGUUUGCAAAACCUUUGUAUUAUAUUUAUAUUUUGAGAUACACACUAAAUGACAAGCACAAUGUGAUACAGGAUUAAAUGAAAACCCAUUUUACCAAGAUCAACUGAGUUUUACCAUUUUGUACAAUAAAGUG